GCGGUGCCUACAGCGUGGUGUCCUCGAACGAAGAAGUAGUCACACUAAUACAGUGGUACCCAACUGUAGUAAGCUGUCGUGGAUUAUAAGAAAAGGUGAACUUCUCUUGAGCGGACCUCUCCAGAGGCAGAAAAUGCCUCGUUAUGCACAGUUAGUUAUGGGCCCAGCUGGAAGCGGCAAGAGUACCUACUGCUCCACCAUGGUUCAGCACGCAGAGUCGUUAAACCGCUCAGUCCAGGUGGUGAACCUGGAUCCUGCUGCAGAGUAUUUUAAUUACCCUGUUAUGGCAGACAUCCGUGAACUCAUUCAGGUGGAUGACGUAAUGGAGGAUAACUCUCUGAGAUUUGGCCCUAAUGGAGGCCUGGUCUUCUGUAUGGAGUACUUUGCCAACAACUUUGACUGGCUGGAAGAAAGCCUGGGCCACGUAGAAGAUGACUACAUAUUGUUUGAUUGCCCAGGUCAGAUUGAGCUUUACACACACCUCCCUGUGAUGAAGCAGCUGGUGGAGCAGCUCCAGCAGUGGGAGUUUCGCAUUUGCGGGGUCUUUUUGGUAGACUCGCAGUUUAUGGUCGAGUCUUUUAAGUUCAUCUCAGGAGUUAUGGCUGCCCUCAGUGCAAUGGUGUCGUUAGAAAUUCCUCAAGUAAAUGUCAUGACAAAAAUGGACCUGCUUGCUCCAAAGGCUAAGAAGGAAAUUGAAAAGUACUUGGAUCCAGACAUGUACUCCAUGAUGGAAGAUAACUCUGACACUUUCAGAAGCAAAAAGUUCAAAAAGCUUACUAAAGCAAUUUGUGGUUUGAUAGAAGACUACAGCAUGGUAAGAUUCCUGCCUUUUGACCGUACAGAUGAGGAGGGGAUAAACAUAGUUCUGCAGCACAUUGACUUCUCCAUACAGUAUGGAGAGGACCUGGAGGUUAAGGAGCCUAAGGAAGUUGACGAAGAGCAGUCCAACCUGAAUUAUGACGAGAUCUUUCAAGACAAAGUCAGCAGCUGAGACAAUUGAACCCUGAAGUGGAAAAAUGACUUGCCAUAAAUGAAGUUCAACUUUAAUGUUUGAUAUUCAUUCCAUGAAUAUUUCUGAAAAACUGACUGGACUUGCAUAAAAGUAUUUUGUUUCUUCUUUUAAAUAACUUAUAAAAUUUAAAGGAACCUCAGUUUCAUAUUUUGUUAUUUUAGAGUAAUGUACACGUGUAAAUCUUUGGCUUUUGGUUGAUUUAUUAUAGAUAUAAAAACAAAAUAUAUAUUUUUAAAAUAAAAUA